AUGCGUUGUCUCUGCUGGGCGACAUGGGGGAUGCGAGCAUCGAGCUGUGGACCAUCAGCUACAACGCUGGGAUCAGCACGUGCGAAAAAGGCGGGCAAUGGCAACACGCAGUGUCCCUGCUCGGCGAGAUGCUGGAGGCGAGGGUGGAGCCGAGCGUCACUCAGCUACAACGCCGGGGUCAGCGCGUGUGCCAGAGGCGCGCGCUGGCAGCAGGCGCUGCGGCUGUUCCGCGAGAUGAGGGCGGCGAAGCUGGAGGCCGACAUCAUCAGCUACAGUGCGGGAGUCACGGCGUGCGCGAACGGCGGGGAGUGGCAGCAGGUGUGUGCCUUGCUGCACGAGUUGGGGCAGUCGAAGCUGGAGUCCGACGUCAUCAUCUGCAGCGCUGGAAUCAGCGCCUGCGAGAAGGGCGGCCGGUGGCGGGAGGCACUGUUCUUGUUCCACGGGCUGCAGGCGGCGACCAUGGAAGCGAGCGUCGUCAGCUACAAUGCCAGCAUCAGCGCAUGCGAGAAAGGUGGCCAGUGGCUACGGGCAUUACGCUUGCUGGACGAACUACGAGGCGCGAAGCUGGAGGCAGACGUCAUCAGCUACAGUUCUGGAGUCAGCGCGUGCGAAAAGGGCGGUCAGUGGCAGCAAGCGUUGUCCUUACUCUGUGAAAUGGUUGAAUCGCAAGUGCAAACGAGCGUCAUCAGCUACAGUGCAGGAAUCAGCGCGUGCGAGAAAGGCGGGAAAUGGCAGCAGGCAAUGUGGUUGUUCGGCGGUUUGUGCGAAGCGACGGUGGAGCCCAACAUCGUCUUAUUGCGCGGCGAUCAGCGCGUGCGAGAAGGGCGGACAGUGGCAGCAUGCGUUGUGGCUGCUCUGCGAUCUCAGGGAAGCGAAGCUGGAGCCGAGCGUCAUCUCCUCCGCAUUGCCCACGGGAACCACCGGCGGUGCCCCAGCACUGCAGACCCGGCCAGGCCCUGCGCGGGCGCGGGCGCAUGGUCAAGGCGCUAA